ACACAGUUAUAAACAAAUGUUACCUCAAUAAAAUAAUUACAAAAACUAAAAAAAACCACCAAAAUUUAUUUUACAUUUACAUUUUUAGCAUUUUAUUCUGGUAAGAUUUAAAAUCUACAUAAAAGUUGCAAAAGUGGUACAAAGAACCACCAUUAACCCUUUAACCAGAUUCAGGUAUAGUUUACACUGUGGCUGGAAAGAUUUAAUCUAUCAUCUUUCUGUCUGUCUCCUUUUCUCUCUCUCUCUAUUUAUGUGUCUAUCUAUCUAUUAAUCUACCUUUCAUCUAUGUGGCAUCUGUUUUUCUGGACCAUUUGAGAGUAAGUUGGAGACAUGUCCCUUUACCCCUAAACACUUCAUUGUUUAUUUCCUAAAACUUUAUUUUACAUAACCACUGUAUGGUUCAAAUCAGAAAAUUCAAUAUGGAUACAAUAUUAUUAUCUAAUCCAUAGUCUUUAUUCAUAUUUCUCCAAUUGUCUCAGUAGAGUUGUUAUUAGCUAUUUUUUCCCCUGUCCAGGAUCACACAUUUAGAUGUCAUGUCUCUUUGAUCUCCUUUCAUAUGCACCAGUUCCUUAGCCUUUGUUUAUCUUCCUUGAAUUUGAUGUUUUGAGAAUACACGCCAGCUACUUUGUCCAAUUUGUCUCAAUUUGAGUUUGUCUUAUGUGUCUUCAUUAUUAGAAUCAGGCUGUGCAUUUUAGACAGGAGUAUCACUGAGGUGACAUUAUGUCCUGUUCAGAGCAUAAUAUCAGUGAGCAUAUGUUGUUGGUUUGUCUCAACAUUGGUGAUGUUAACAUUGAUUACCAAGCUACAAUGAGGCCCAGGAGGUUUUUGUUUUGUUAAGGUUACUAUUUUUCAUUUCAUAGUUAACAAAUAAUUUGUGGGGAGAUAGUUCAGACUAUGUAAGUAUCCUGUUUCUGAUCAUAUUUUCAUUCACUAGUUUUUAGCAUCCCUUUAUGUGUUUCUAACUCCACAAAUGCGUCUAUAUUUUUAAAUUAGGAUCCUAUCAAGAGAAAUAACAUUCUCUUCUCCACAAUUUCUUUAUUAUUUUUUUAUAUGUCAGUAUGAGCUUGUAGAGUCUUAUUUCUUUCAAUUCAUUAGUAUCAUCAUUUUUCUUAAUGCCCAGAUUGUCCAAGAAUCGAAUAGUGUAGGCCCUUCAAACUGGUUUCUGUUUCUUUUUCAUGUGUCCUUAUGAUUCUUGAGGGAUUUCCCUACUUUUUUCGAGUGUAUGUGAUUCUUUCCUCAGGUAACAAGAAAUGAACGAUGAUGGGAAAAAUCAAUGCAAGUUCUGAAGGCUACUUUGUUCUGCUGGGUUUUUCUAAUUGGCCUCAUCUGGAAGUAGUUCUCUUUGUGGUUAUCUUGAUAUUUUACUUGAUGACAUUGAUAGGCAACCUGUUCAUCAUUAUCUUGUCACACCUGGACUCCCAUCUCCACACUCCCAUGUACUUCUUCCUCUCAAACCUCUCUUUUCUGGAUCUCUGCUAUACCACCAGCUCCAUCCCUCAGUUGCUGGUCAACCUCUGGGGCCCAGAGAAAACCAUCUCUUAUGCUGGUUGCAUGAUUCAACUUUACUUUGUCCUUGCACUGGGAACCACAGAGUGUGUGCUACUGGUGGUAAUGUCUUAUGACCGUUAUGCAGCUGUAUGUAGACCUUUGCAUUAUACUGUCCUCAUGCACCCUCGUUUCUGCCAUCUGCUGGCUGUGGCUUCUUGGGUAAGUGGGUUUACCAACUCAGCCCUUCAUUUUUCUUUUACCUUCUUUGUACCCCUGUGUGGACAUCACCAAUUGGACCACUUCUCAUGUGAAGUUCCAGCACUGCUGCGACUGUCGUGUGUUGAUACCCAUGCUAAUGAGCUGACCCUCAUGGUCACAAGUUCUAUUUUUGUUCUCAUACCUCUCAUCCUCAUUCUCAGCUCCUAUGGUGCCAUUUCCCAAGCUGUGCUGAGGAUGCAGUCAACAACUGGACUUCAGAAAGUCUUUGGGACCUGUGGAGCCCAUCUUAUGGUUGUAGCCCUCUUUUUCAUUCCAGUCAUGUGCAUAUAUCUCCAGCCACCAUCGGGAGAUUCUCAAGAUCAAGGCAAGUUCAUUGCCCUCUUUUAUACUGUUGUCACACCUAGCCUCAACCCUCUGAUCUACACCCUCAGAAACAAAGAUGUAAGAGGGGCAGUAAAAAGACUAAUGGGGUGAAAGUGAGCCCACAUACUUGUGGCAUUAACAGUAUAAUAGAGCAUCUCUUCACCAAUUGUUCGUCCAACUAUCCAUUCAUAAACCACCCUUUCAUUCACUCUCUCUAUCAACACUUAUUGAGCAUGUACUCUCAAAAGGUAACAGAGUUCUUGGAAACAGAUAUGAAGUAAACACAGUCUGCUUCAAUACCAACCACUCUCUAUUGGAGAGAACAGCUGUGUAAAAUUUAGAUCAAACAUGAAUAUUACAUUUCUUCUCCAGUGGAAUAAAGCUAAUAAAACAAAGGUACUCUUUUCUUAGUUGAAAAAUCAUGGAAUUUGUUGUAAAUAUUGAUAAAAGACCAGGUGUAAUUCUUAUGGAAAGAUAUUCUUAAUUUUUAAAAACAUAGAAUAUGCAUUUUAAUUUCUUGCUUAUAAGUCACAAUUCAUCAUAAAGUUUGUCUUCUAUCUUUUAGUCAUAGACAUAGUGAAGUAUCUUAAAUCUCUUUUCCAACACUGUUGCUCUUUUUUGAAUUUUAGAUAAUAUUGAGAGACUUUUGUCUGUAUUCUUUAACAUGCAAUUUUGAAUAGUAAGAAAGUAACUUUUAGGGGCCGGCCCUGUGGCCGGGUGGUUAAGUUCGCACGCUCUGCUCCAGUGGC